AUGCUUCUUUUCCAAUAUUCCAGGCUUCUGUUUACCGUCAGUCUGGCAUUACAGAGCGCUCCUUUGGGAAACAGCUGUCAGAGAGAGAACCAUGAGGGCAGCAGAGAAGAAAUCAGCAACGCUACAAUUCAGAGGCUCCAGCAGAAGGCACUCAACUGGACGUGGGACAGCUUCAGGGACGUGAACGGGAGCACGCAGGACGCGCUUUCCCAGGCCAGGGCUUCCCCAGAGCGUGCGCCCCCGCGGCCGCGCUGCUGCAUGAACGGCGGCACCUGCGUGCUGGGCAGCUUCUGCGUGUGCUCCGCCCACUUCACCGGCCGCUACUGCGAGCACGACCAGAGGCACAGCGAGUGCGGCGCCUUGGUGCACGGAUCCUGGACGCUGCGCGGCUGCCGGCUGUGCAGGUGCGUCUUCGGCGCCCUGCACUGCCUCCCCCGCCAGACGCCCGGCCGCUGCGACCUGAGAGACUGGCUCAGCUCACACUCACCUGGACGCAGCGCCCGGGGCCUGCUGGUGUUGCUCUGCUUCCUGCUGCCGCGAUUGAUGAACUCGGGGCUGUUGGCCUGCGAGGAGCCGGGGAUGAUCCGCAGAACCCGGGGCGCCUCCGACCGAAACCACUCAGGCUGCGCGGGCGGCCAGGCGGCCUUACCCCCACCUCUUGACCUGCUCACGAACUGCUCUCGUUCUGCCCUGAUCACCGCCCUGACGUCUGCUGCAGCCCAGGGCUGA